UUAAACUGUGUGAAAUUGUGAUGGACAUGAGAACAUAAACUACAAACUUCGAAUGGGCUACCGCCACAAUCUCGCACGCUUAAUACGCAGUUAUACAGCCCUAACUCUGUGCCGUACAGACUUUGGUACGCAUGCAGAAGCUACAUACUCUACAAUUAUUUCUUGCCAAGUUGUCCGAUGCUUAUGAAAAUCUUUCCGAUUUUCAGUGCUUCACCAGUCAGGACGUCACGAUGCAAGGAGCUAAUAUUAUAUAAAGAUGAUCGUUACUUACAGUUAGAGAAAAGUGUACUAGACACUUUCCUGGGUUUCAGAGUAUAGUUAAGUAUUUUAAUUGCCUAAAAUUUCUGCAAAUUUCUUCGGCCGUUUGCAGUUUUUAACAUCAUUGCACUUCAGGCCAACGGUUGCUCCGGAUAUCACUGGCAAGGGAAAUAGCGUGCAAGAAAUUCUUAUACGAGUAUCUAUAAUUAUUAUCAAUUAUACGCAUAUACGUUUAUGGGAGUACAUCCACAUUCGUAUACUGCGCAUCCUACCAAAACUUAAUUUUAUCGGAAAUUUAUCAAAUACCAUGGAAAUGUCAGAAAUAACGGCACAUCGCAAUAACGACAAGGACGUCACGAAAUGUUUGGAACAAGUUGAUCUGCAAAAACGGCAGCCGUGCUCCACAGCUAACAGGAUGUUGCAAACUCUCUGCGAAAAUAUCGUUUGGAAUAUAUGUGAACACUAUCAUGGGAUCCUCAAGCAGAAUCAGACUCGCUCAUCCGGCACAGCGCCGGUGCCGGUGAUGGCAGUUGUACAACAUGGUGAUACAAAUGCUGCAGAAGUUUGCCAUGUUAGGACCCUUACCAAUGAAUCGAUAACAGCACAGCUGCUUGCAGACGCGGAGGCUUCGGUUGCCGACCAGGCCCGACAGUACAAUGAAAUUAUGGAUCUUUUUAAGAAAAAGGAAGACGUGCAAGAUCCCACAUCUGCGAAUGAAAUAAUCGACUGGCGCGGCAACUAUCUCGAACAACAUGAAGUUCUCGCGGUGACGAUGGAAUAUAACGCAAAAUUACAGAUGGCGCUUGUAUCCGCCAACGGACACAUCGCAAACCUGAAGAAACAACUAGAUAAAGUAGAGCAGAGUCAGCAAACUCUUACCUAUGAAACCAUGCAGGAAGGCAAGGACAAACCGUCUUUAUUCUCUACACAAUGGGCCGAUAGGGGUAUUUUAAAAGGUCACGAAAGGGCCAUUGACCGAGAAUCCCAAACGGAUCCAGUUUUACCCGUCAAGGUUCGUAUAGCCGAUAUUCACAUAAAACCGAAGAAAACGAAGCUUGAAAAACAGUUAAAAGAGAAAGAAAAGAGAACUGCCAAAACCAUAAACGAUAUGAAAAAAAAGCUAACCGCCAAAGAAAGGGAACGAAGGAUUCUGGUGGAUGCAUUAGAAAGAAGCAACGCGGAAAUUGCUGUUAUAAAAAAGCAGAGCACGGUUGCCGAUAGCGAGAUUAGCGGACUGAAGAGCGCCUUAGCCAAUGUAGAACGAAAGGGACAACUAAUGAAUGAAUCGACAAGCCCAGAAUCCACUAAGAAAAUAAAUUUACUGGAAGAACAAGUGGCUAAAUUGCAGAAUAUGCUGAAGACUGAACGGGACAACAAACAAUUUCGAGAAACCAUUUCAAAGCCGUUAGAGACGGGAGUUCGAGUGGAAGAACUAAAAAGGAACUCGAUGCCAAAAAGUCCAAGAUUGAUGACCUCAAAAAUGUUAUAGACGAGAAAACCGUUGAAAUUACUAGAAUAAACGGACAAUACGGGAUUGCUCGGCAUGACAUCGAUGUGCUGAAGCUCGCUCUACAGGAGAAGGAGGAACAGUUAGCACCGGCAUCUGAGCGUAUCCGGGAUUUGGAGAAGUCAAUCAAAGCGGUGGAAGCAAAAAAUCAGCAUCUACAGGAAGAGAUUAAACUAGCACAAGAACGUCUCAAAGAACGGAUUGCCACUUGCUACAAACAGAAAACAGAAUUUGACGCUCUUCAAAACCGAUUUUCUGAUCUAACCAAAAGUACCAAGAAACAAAAAACUCCAGCUGAUGAACUUAAUCGUUUGCAGGCACAAUGUGAGGCGCUCUCGAAUGAGUUGAGCAGCACUCAGCGUGAUUUCCAAGAGAAGGCCUGCGAGGUUGUGACCCUUCGCGACGAAAAUGCGCAGCUGCACAAUCAGCUUGUCGUGCAACGAGAGAAGAUGAUGAAUUUGUUUGUGCACAAAAAACUACCGGAUUGUGGCAAUCUUUUCGCGAAGUCAUCAAGCCGCGCAAGAGAGGUUCGUGAUAGUAGAAGCCCAGGCUCGGAUAUUCAAGGUAAUCUGCACCCGGAACCGGCUCGCGAACAAGAUGGGAAUACUCGGGCGGGUGCCGCACCAGUUCGCCGGCAAAUUCCAUCAACCCGAGAUAUUGCCAGACCGUAUCCGCUGCAUGCGUUUCCCCGAGUCGAAAAUGAUGCUACGACCUCUUUUCCACGCCGUGGUGGAAUGGAAUACGAUGAUCCGGACACCCACGCGUAUCACAGUAAUUUCCGCGACGAUCGGCCAUAAGACGACUCCAUUGCGUUUACGGGUGGUGUUCGUUUUGUUUUGUUGCUCGUGGUUGCAAGCAUUGUACGUUCUGUAUAACUUACUGAUGAAAUCAUGAAAGUGAUGUUGAAAAGCAGAUGAAAGGUCAACAGACUUCAGACUUCCAAAUGUUUUUAUGAAGUAUUUCUAACUGCAUUGGUUUCUAUGUAUAGAGAACAAAUUUUGUAUAGACUUUAAUUUUUUGUUCCCGGGAAAAGGUUGCACAUAUUACGUAUACAUUUUGUGGUAAUUUUACGAGUCAUGCCACUCUGUUAAUUUUACCAUUAGCUCUGCUGUCUGCGAC